CUCAUUCUCGCAGAUCUCUAGAAUUCCGUGCACGUCUCCCAGCACACCGUCCAGUGCAGCGGAGAUCUCAUCGUUGUCCCCAAAACUGGUAAAUAGCCGCACGUCUUCGUCACUGCACUCUGCAGACGACACACGCACAUUAGCUCGACAACUAUGGCUGUUCAGGUUGGGUACCAGCCAAUACAUCGCAACAACAAGAAUUGCAAGCUGAUUUCCUACUAUACCAUGCAACAACAAACAAGGCGGCUUACUGGCAAAGAGGAGAGACAUCCGCAUACAGUGCAACAAGCUGGAGAUAGUGUCACAGGACUUCCGAGAGGAUGCAGCUGUCCCGGUAUCUCUGAAACUGACCUGGGGGGUGGGGGAGGUGGGAAAAGGGGGGUGGGCCAGCGAGAAGAAGCAUAG